AUGCUUGAGUUAAAUGAUAAUGAUACCACCAAAACACUUGGACUAGUAUGGAACCCAAGAAGUGAUCAACUUCUUUUUAAGGUGUCACCUCAUGUAACCGAAUAUUUAUUCACCAAACGCACAUUACUUGCAGACUUAAAUCGUGUCUUUGAUCCGUUGGGAUUUCUGGCACCAGUCUUAAUUAGUGGUAAAAUAUUCAUUCAGCAAUUAUGGCAACUGAAACUGGAUUGGGACACUGUACUUCCAGCUGACAUGUCUCAACGUUGGCAUAAUUACACUCAUGAACUUAGUCAGAUUGACCAGCUCAAGGUAUUGCGCAAGGUGAAGGAUCAUCCGUACAACAAAUUUGAACUGCAUGGGUUCUGUGACGCCUCCAUGAACGCAUAUGGGGCAUGUAUUUAUGUAAGACAAUGGCAACAAGACAAUACAUUCACGUGUCAUCUUCUGAUAGCAAGGGCUCGAGUAGCACCUCUAAAGGUGUUGUCAAUUCCAAGAUUGGAAUUAUGUAGUGCUCAUGUGUUGGCAAUAUUAAUGGCUAAGGCGAGAAAGACAUUAAACAUCCGAGGAAUCUCCAGUCAAUGGAGCACAUUUGUGGCGAGUCGUGUAUCUGAGAUUCAAACAUUAACCGAAGAAAUGACUUGGCAACAUGUGAGAACAAAGUUAAAUCCUGCAGAUCUAAUCUCUCGAGGGGUAAAGGUAAAGGAACUGUUGAACUCAAAUCUGUGGUGGUACGGUCCAAUCUUUCUCCAGCAGCCGGAAGCAGAAUGGCCAGCAGAAUGUUCAUUUGCACCACCAAGUGAAAUCCUGGAAAAACGACCCGUUCAGUUUGCGCUUUUGGUUCAAACUAACGAAAAUAGUAUUCUAGCCAAAUACUCAAGUUGGACAAAAUUAGUUCGCAUCACAGCAUAUUUAAAAAGAUUCAUACACAACACUCACAAUAAAUGUCGAGAGAGAUGCAUCGGUCCACUGUCAGUACCAGAAUUAAAGAAUGCCAGAGACGUAUGGAUUAAGAUUGCUCAAACAGAUGCAUUUAACGACGAAAUCAAGUCACUCAGACAAGGCAAAUCUUUAUCCUCACACAGUAAACUCAUUACAUUAAGUCCGUUUCUGGAAGAAGGUAUAAUCAGAGUGGGAGGACGGUUGCAACGAUCACACCUACCCAUCAACCAACGUCAUCCAGCAAUUCUUCCAAAGAAGCAUACCGUGACAGAACUCAUUUUCACAGAGUAUCAUAUUAAAUAUCUGCAUGCUGGUCCCCAAAACCUCUUAACAAGAGUACGCCAAGAGUUUUGGCCACUUGAUGCAAUGAGAACUGCUCGGCGUAUUGUUCAUUGUUGUACGAUCUGCUAUCGUGCAAGACCACAGUUAUUUCAACCCAGCAUGGGUGAACUACCUCGGCUCAGGGUAACACCCAGCAGACCUUUUACAGCAACGGGUGUAGAUACAACUAUACUCUGGUCCAAGAAACCGAACGGUGACCAAGUGAGUAAUCUCUCAGCACAAGCGUUUUUGGCUGCGCUACGUAGAUUCUUCGCUCGACGAGGUCAAAGUGCUCAUAUUCACUCUGACAAUGGAACCAACUUCCACGGCGCCAGGGCAGAGUUGAGACGCUACUACACUGAGCACUGUCAGAACAACAAAACCAUAAUUGAGUCCCUAGCAACAGAUGGUACUGAGUGGCAUUUCAAUCCACCUAGUGCACCACAUAUGGGCGGACUGUGGGAGGCGGCAGUUAAGUCAGCCAAACACCAUCUUCUACGCAUCACAGGGUCGGCCAAAAUCAACUUUGAAGAACUAACCACUAUGCUGUGUCAAAUUGAAGCCUGUUUAAACAGCAGACCACUGACAUCACAGUCUAGUGACCCAGAGAGUUUUGCGGUCCUGACACCUGCUCAUUUCUUAGUAGGUGGUUGUCUGACUCUACCUCCUGAACCGGCUGAUGGCGGGCGGCAGAAUGUUCCAGAGACCCAUCGUAAAGUUGUGUCCACUCAAGAUCUAUAA